AAAUUUUCCGGGGGAUAUCGGGGAAUAAAAUCAGGUCCAAAGCUCAAUCACUAGAGUCAUGCCACGUACAUAAACCGAUCUGGAUCGUGACGAAUGUUUAUAUUGGAAUCCUGCCCUAAACGUAUUUAUACAAUCUAUUGCUCUCUUUUAAUCCCAGGCCGCUAUGGUGAUACUGGUUGAUCUCGAUCUCGACGAGAUAGUCCUCGAUAGCAGUUUGGCUCAUGGUAGUAAGGCCGAAGAACCAGAGGCUGCUUAUUUCCAUAGAAAAAGAGAGAUUACAAAGACGAGGAGUAAGCCAAAACCUUAUGUACCAAAGGGAUUCGAAAUGCUUCCUAUGUACAUUGGUAUGACGAUGGAUGGUGAAAAAUACUACGGUCCUGCUGUUAGAGCUGGUCCCAUUGUUUGUUUUCGUUGUCACAAGCAUGGUGACCAUUGGGCUAAUACGUGCCCAGAAAAUGCUUCUGCUUUGGAAUCAAGGGUUACAGCUGCUGUCACUAGCAAUAAUACAUAUGAUGCUGUUGAUAGAACACAAACUGAACCGGUCGAGACAGAAUCUGAUCCUGUUGAGAGAACACAAGCUGAACCGGUCGAGGCAGAACCUGAUCCUAUCGAGAGAACAGAAUCGUGACAGGCUGGGAAGGAGGUUGGAGUUGGAGUAAACUGCUUGCAAUUUUGUGCAAUGCCGUUUAAGGGAGGAUAUGUGAAGCAUAUAGUUUUCUUAUAUUUACUGCUUUCAUUUAGUUAGUGCUGUUAGUGUUGUAACUGGUUGAAUUGGUCUUAGACCUUGAAUCACGUUUAGGGAUAAUGUUCAACUUGGUGUUUAGUUUGUUUCCCAUUCCUGUAAUCGGCUUGUAUAAAAGCCAACCUUUGCAAUUCAAUAGAAGUGUGCUUCAUCCUCAA